AUGAACAGCAGUAGAGAUGAUGACGGAUUCUUGAACCGGAUUGCGUUUUCAGGAGCCGUGCCCCUGGCUAACAGCCAAGGGACUCCCCACGGGGUGCCCGUGAGGGAGCCCUUCGGGGUGCCCUUCCCCUUUGAGCCGUCUUGCUGGGAGCAAGCGUACAGCGGGCACCCACCUCGCAUCUCCUACAUCCCCUUCCCCGGCUACGUGGGCUUCUACGACUACUCCUUCGAGCCUGCCUUCAUCCGAAAGAGGAACGAGAGGGAGAGGCAGCGGGUGCGCUGCGUCAACGAGGGCUACACGCGCCUCCGGGAGCACCUGCCCAAGGAAUUCGCCGACAAGCGCCUCAGCAAGGUGGAGACCCUGCGCGCGGCCAUCAGUUACAUCAAGCACCUGCAGAGCCUGCUGGACCGUCAUCCCUUAGGCUCCGGCGGCGAGGAAGCGCUCGGCGCCGCGGACAUCGCGGAGGCUCCCAGCCCUGGUCCCCCCAGGGAGUGCAACAGUGACGGGGAGUCCAAAACCUCCUCGGCCUCUUCUCCCUACAGCGAGUUCGAGGAGCCGGGCAGCUAG